AUGUCGAAGUUAAAAGCAAUUUCAUUUCUUUUUCUUUUUAAUAUAUUAACAGUUAGUGCUAAAAAUGAGGAAUAUAUUGGUUAUAAAGUUUACAAUGUGAAAUUCAAUAAUAUAGAACAAGAAGAUAAUUUCUACAAAAUUAAAAACGAAUUUAUUGAUUACUGGCGUAAACCAUCUCUUAAGUAUAACACUGUUGGUCAGGCUAUGGUACCUCCAGCACAAACGAAUUGGUUCGAAGAGGGACUUACUGAACUUGGUGUGGCAAAAGAUAUUUAUAUUGAUGAUGUUUAUAAGUACCUAUCGACGAGAGAAGAAGCGUCUUCCGACAUACUAAGAAGUGGUGAUAACAACACAUUUACUUUCAAUGAUUACUAUCGUUAUUCACAGAUACUAGAUUAUAUCCGAGCACUUGAAGCGACAUAUGAAAACUCAACGGGGAUAAAUUUAAGUGUAAUAGAAGCUGGUACUACAGCUGAAGGAAGACCUUUAGUAUACAUAAAGCUAACAAAUCUAACACCAACAGUCAAUAAACCUAUUAUAAUUAUAGAAGCCGGCAUCAAUCCUAGACAAUGGAUUACUAUACCUUCAUCGUUGAAUAUUAUUAAUAAACUUUUAGAAAGUAAUGACACUAGAUUUCUAAAUAACUUCGAAUGGGUCAUUAUUCCAAUAUUAAAUCCUGAUGGGUAUGAAUAUACCCAUACUAAUCUACGUUUAUGGACGAAAUCAAGAAGUACUAGAAGCAAUUUAGGUGCUAUUUGUCCCGGUGUGAAUAUAAAUCGUAACUUCAACAUCGAUUGGCUCAAUUCAGACACAAGUUCAAGUCCAUGCAGUCACAUUUAUGGUGGUACUGGUGCAUUUUCUGAAGUAGAAAGUCGUGUAAUACAAUCAUUACAUGAUGAAUAUGGUAGAAGAAUACGUGCUUAUAUAUCUUUGCAAAAUAAUGGUGGGUUUAUAUCUUACCCUUGGCAAUAUGAAAGAGCUGCAAGUGGUUUGUUUGCCCAGCAUCAUAUUUUAGGAAUGAAAAUGAUUGAAACUAUGGAGGAUAACUAUGAACUGGAUAUAGCAUCAGUGGCUUACGGAGAUAGGGCGUCAGGAACAAGUACAGACUAUAUGAGGAAUGGUGGAGUACUAUUUACCUUUAAUAUAGAUGUGGUACCAAGAGGUCAAGAUGGAGUUAUUGUACCUAGAGAAGAAAUUCAAACUAUAGCUGAUGAUGUAUGGAGAGCCGUGUCAGUCGUUGCUGUGAAUUUGUAAUAGAAUAAUAUAAGGAAUAUUUUAGAAGGAAAUAAAAUAAGAUUUAGAAGA